CUCUAGAGGGGCUGGGCCUCAGAUCUUGGGCCCCAAAUACCAUCUCACUCCUGACUACUCGUCUUAACCCCUGCUCGCCCGCUUCCAAGCCUAGCCCCGUUCUCCCCCUGAACUCCCACCCUGAGCCCUGAAAACUUGUCUCGGGACCCUCAACCACGCCCCCAUUUUGUAACCCACCCCUACCCUCUCCCUCACCAUACACCCCUUCCUCUGCUCAGUCUGGGCCCAGACCCUGUGGCCCUGAAGACAUGGAGUUUGUGUCUGGAUACCGAGAUGAGUUCCUUGAUUUCGCUGCCCUCCUGUUUGGCUGGUUCCGAAAGUUCGCGGCGGAGCGCGGGGCUUCAGGGGCCAGCCUUGAGGGCCGCUGGCGCCAGCUGGAGGCUCCGAUCAGAAGGCUGCCCCAGGACCCUGCCCUUUGGGUGCUUCAUGUCUUGCCCAACCGAAGUGUGGGCAUCAGCCUGGGGCAAGGGGCAGAGCCAGGCCCUGGACUAGGCCUGGGGGCUGCCCGGUUCCUGGGAGAUGAACCCCCACUCCACCUGCGAGACCUAAGCCCCUAUGUCAGCUUUGUCAGCCUGGAGGAAGGGGAGGAAGAGGAGGAGGGGGGGGAGGAAGAGGAAGAGACUGGAGAGGAGGAGGGUGCAGGCCUGGAGAAAGUAGACCGAGAGGAGGCUGGGGAGCCAGCCCCCGCCAGCAGGGAGUCCCCCCAGGAAGCAAACCCUCCAGGGGAGACAGAGGAGGCUGCGCAGUUGGCAGGAGGCGGAGAGGAUGGUUGCCGAGAGGACAAGGCAGAAGAUGAAGCCGGUUCUGAGAGGAGGAAGGGGCGGAGAAGCGAGGCCUCCCCCCUGCACCUUUCCUGCCUCUUACUGGUGACCGAUGAACAUGGCACCAUCCUGGGCAUUGACCUGCUGAUGGACGGAACCCAGGGGAGUGCCAGCAAGUCCUCGGGGACCGAGAACCUGGCUCCUCGGGCCUACACUCUCCUCUGCCAUAGCAUGGCCUGCCCGAUGGGCUCCGGAGACCCUCGAAAGCCCCGGCAGCUCACCGUGGGAGACGCCCAGCUGCAUCGAGACUUGCAGAGUCUGGUCCCAAGGCUGGGAGUGAAGUUAGCUAAGGCGCCGAUGCGGACCUGGGGUCCCCGGCCGGGCUUCACGUUUGCCUCCCUCCGGGCUCGAACCUGCCACGUCUGUCACAGGCAUAGCUUUGAAGUGAAGCUGACACCUUGCCCCCAGUGCAGUGCUGUCCUGUACUGUGGCGAGGCUUGUCUCCGGGCUGACUGGCGGCGAUGCCCUGAUGACGUGAGCCACCGAUUUUGGUGCCCAAGGCUUGCAGCCUUCAUGGAGCGGGCCGGGGAGCUGGCAACUCUGCCUUUUACCUACACCGCAGAGGUGACCAGUGAAACCUUCAACAAGGAGGCCUUUCUGGCCUCACGGGGCCUCACUCGUGGCUACUGGACCCAGCUCAGCAUGCUCAUUCCAGGCCCUGGCACCCCCAGGCACCCCCGGGGCAGUGCACCAGCCCUCAGCCUUCUUCUCAGUGGCUCGUGGCAGGAUUACUACACAUGGAGGGGCCUCAGCUUGGACUCCCCCAUGGCCGUGCUUCUCACCUACCCGUUGACUGUGUAUUACGUCAUCACGCACCUGGUGCCCCAGUCCUUCCCUGAGCUCAACAUCCAGAACAAGCAGUCACUGAAAAUCCAUGUGGUGGAAGCAGGGAAGGAGUUCGACCUCGUCAUGGUGUUCUGGGAGCUCUUGGUCUUGCUCCCCCACGUGGCCCUGGAGCUGCAGUUUGUGGGUGAUGGCCUGCCCCUGGACAGUGACCAGCAGCAUUUUACCCUGCAGAGGGAUGGCCCAGAAGUAUCUGUCCGACCCGGUUCCGGAGUAUCUGCGCGGCUCAGCUCUAGCACUAAGGAGAAGGGGGGCCGCAGGGACCUGCAGAUCAAGGUGUCCGCGCGGCCCUACCACCUGCUCCAGGGGCCCAAGCCGGACCUGGUUAUCGGAUUCAACUCUGGCUUCGGUCUCAAGGACACUUGGCUGAGCUCGCUGCCCCGGCUGCAGUCCCUCCGAGUCCCGGCCUUCUUCACCGAGAGCAGCGAGUACGGCUGCGUGAUGGACGACCAGACCAUGGCGGUGGCCACCGGAGGGGGCACCAGCCCCCCGCGGCCCAACCCCUUCCGCUCCCCCUUUCGCCUGCGAGCCGCGGACAACUGCAUGCCCUGGUACUGCAACGCCUUCAUCUUCCACCUGGUCUACAAGCCCCCGCAGGGGAGCGGGGCCCGCCCGGCGCCCGGGCCGGUGCCCCCGGUCCCGGCCCCCGCCGCGCCCCCCGCCCCCGCCCGCAGGCGCCGAGGGGAGAAGAAACCCGGGCGGGGGGCGCGCCGGCGCAGGUGAGGGCUCAGGUGCGGCCGCCCCCCGCCCCCCGCACGCCCCCGGAGGGAGAACCGAAAGGCGCGGCGCGGGGCGGCGGGCUGGGAGUCGGGGUGAAUAAAGCAUCGUUUGCAACC